AUGACAAAUAAGUACACUAAAGACAACAAAGAAUACGUUAUGUGGGGUCAGAAGAUACAAUGUAACAAGUCUUGUCCUUGUCCGCCGGUUUGCAAAUGUUCCAAAGAAUACAGUCCUGUUUGUGGUGAGAACAAGAAAACUUAUCUCAAUCCAUGCGUUGCGAAAUGUAGAAAAGUUGCUGUAAAAUGUCCCGGCAAAUGUCCAUGCACGUGUGAAAGACAAUGUCCCAAAAAUAUUCAACCAGUAUGUGGUGUUGAUGGGCAGGACUAUGCUACUGAUUGCCAUGCCGAUUGUGCUGACGUUGAUGUAGAGUGUCAAGGAAAGUGUCCAUGUGUGGUUUCGUGUGAAAGUAAAUGUACACAGACAGGAAGUCCCGUUUGUGGUGUUAAUAAACAGGAUUAUUCAUCCAAAUGUCUUGCCGAUUGCGCAAAAGUUACUGUUAAGUGUACAGGAAUCUGUCCAUGUUCCUGUGAAAGACUGUGUCCAAAAAUUAACCAACCCGUGUGUGCUGUCAAUGUAAAACAAUAUGCUAACAAAUGUCUUGCUAAAUGCGCAAAUGUGGCUGUAAAGUGUUCAGGAGGCUGUCCGUGUGAUUGUGACAGGAUAUGUCCCAAAACUAUACAACCUGUUUGUGGUGUUGACAAAAAACAAUAUUUAAACAAAUGCGUUGCGAAAUGCGAGAAGGUCGCAGUACGAUGUAACAAACCUUGUCCGUGUGAUUGUGAAGAUAGUUGUACAGAGUCUAAACCUGUAUGUGGGGUUGAUGGAAAAACCUACAAAUCAAAAUGCCAUGCAACCUGCAAAAAAAUAGAUGUGGAAUGUAACCAAAAAUGUGACUGUCCGUGUAAUUGUCCAGUCGAUAACAAACCAGUGUGUUCUACAGACUCAACAACAUACAGCAAUGCAUGUGAAGCUAACUGCAAAAAAGCUACAAUAGCAUGUAAUACAGCAUGUCCCUGUUCUCCAUGUGGAUGUCCUCAACCGAACAAUGAAGAUUUAGUAUGUGGGAAAGACGAAAAUGAAUACCCUUCCAAAUGUUUGGCCGAGUGCAGUAAAACAGAGAUAGAUUGUAAAGGUAUAUGUCCAUGUUCGUGUGAUAGAAGAUGUAAAAGUGGUGGCAGUCCUGUCUGUGGUUUUGAUGGAAAAGUUUUUAAAACAUAUCCAAACAAAUGCCUCGCUGGUUGCGCAAAAGUAGCAGUUAAGUGUUCCGGAAAAUGUCCAUGUUCAUGUGAAAUUCAGUGCGCAGCCAAAGAAACAGGAACCGAAAAGCAGGUCUGUGGUAAAGAUGAGAAUACGUACGCAUCUGCUUGUCUUGCUGCCUGCGCAAAGGUCGCAGUACGAUGUAACAAACCUUGUCCGUGUGAUUGUGAAGAUAGUUGUACAGAGUCUAAACCUGUGUGUGGGGUUGAUGGAAAAACAUACAAAUCAAAAUGCCAUGCAACCUGCAAAAAAAUAGAUGUGGAAUGUAACCAAAAAUGUGACUGUCCGUGUAAUUGUCCAGUCGAUAACAGUCCAGUGUGUUCUACAGACUCAACAACAUACAGCAAUGCAUGUGAAGCUAACUGCAAAAAAGCUACAAUAGCAUGUACAACAGCAUGUCCCUGUUCUCCAUGUGGAUGUCCUCAACCGAACAAUGACGAUUUAGUCUGUGGGAAAGACGAAAAUGAAUACCCUUCCAAAUGUUUGGCCGAGUGCAGUAAAACAGAGAUAGAUUGUAAAGGUAUAUGCCCAUGUUCGUGUGAUAGAAGAUGUAAAAGUGGUGGCAGUCCUGUCUGUGGUUUUGAUGGAAAAGUUUUUAAAACAUAUCCAAACAAAUGCCUCGCUGGUUGCGCAAAAGUAGCAGUUAAGUGUUCCGGAAAAUGUCCAUGUUCAUGUGAAAUUCAGUGCGCAGCCAAAGAAACAGGAACCGAAAAGCAGGUCUGUGGUAAAGAUGAGAAGACGUACGCAUCUGCUUGUCUUGCUGCCUGCGCAGGAACGACUAUUCAAUGUAACAAACCUUGUGGUGAAUGUCCAUGUAACUGUCCAGCAGAAAACAAACCAGUUUGUGGUUCAGACUCAACUACAUACAACAAUGAAUGUGAGGCUAAUUGCAGUAAGGUUACAAUUGAAUGUAAAACACCAUGUCCGUGUUCUGGAGGUCCAUGUGGAUGUCCUAUGCCGACAACUAACGAUUUGUUUUGUGGUAAAGAUAAGAAAAUCUACCCUUCAGUGUGUUUUGCCGAGUGCAGUAAAACUAAGGUACUAUGUAAAGGUCCAUGUCCAUGUUCAUGUGAUAGACAAUGCAAAAGCGAUGGUGGAAGCCCUGUAUGUGGUGCGAUUGGCUCGAAACACCAAACAUAUCCAAACAGAUGUACUGCUGUGUGUGAAAAAGCAACAGUAAAAUGUAAUCGUCGGUGUCCCUGUUCGUGCGAGAGUCAAUGCCCCAAAGGUGGAAAACAAGUAUGCGGUGCAGAUGGAGAAGACUAUUCCUCUUUAUGUCACGCCCAGUGCAAAAAAACAACAAAAGCUUGUGAUGGAAAAUGUCCUUGCCCUUGUACCUGUGAAGGGGAACCAAAUUCACCUGUCUGCGGUGUUGAUAAGAAAACGUACAAAAAUGCGUGUGAAGCUAAAUGCAGUAAAGUCAAGGUGAAAUGUCAAUCAAAGUGUCCAUGUAAAACUAUAGAAGAAUGCGAAAAAGCAUGUCCACAUUUUCGGUUUCCUGUCUGUGGAGUAAUUUCUAAAACGAAAUAUAAGAACCUUUGUGUGGCUAAGUGCAUCGGAGAGGAAUUUGAGCAUUGUGAAGGAGGAGGAUUCUAAAUAUGAAGACGAGCAAUAAAAAGGGC